UUGUUUGAAGACUGUAAGCCAUGUGAUCAACCUGGAUUGCAAUGCGCACAUGAUUUUGCUACUCUACGAAGUGGAUAUUGGUGGAAGUGGAGGAAUGAAACAGACAAAAUGAUUUACGAAAAGUUUACGGCAGGCGUUAAGAACGCUGUUUUUACUCCCGUUGUGCAAGCAAAAUCUCCCACAGUGGUAAAUGGUUCUCACAUUAAAUAUUCUUCCAUUCUUCCUCAACCGCAAAAAUGUCCAAGACAGAAAUCGUGCAAAGGCGGUUUAGAGUCAAUAUGUAGCGAUGGCUAUGAGGGUCCCUUGUGUGAAAUUUGCAGUGCUGGGUACUAUAAGCAAUUGAAAACGUGUUCAGAAUGUCCAAUGAAAAAAUGGAUAAUCGGACAGCUUUCAAUCCUGGCAGCAGUCAUUUUAGUAAUAAUUGUUAUUGUGGUUUGGACAAGCAAAAAGAAGGAUACGAAAAAUAAAGAACGUUCGUCAGUAGAUAUCAUUCUUGGAAGACUUAAGAUAGCCAUCGGUUUUUAUCAAGUAACAUCUGGAGUUCUUGAAGCAUUUUCGUACAUCAAAUGGCCAGAUUCUCUUACUCGAAUUGGAGAAUACACCCGGGUUCUUCAAGUAAACGUCUUUCAGAUUGCUCCCAUCCAGUGUCUUUUUGAAAAUCUCAAAGUUAAUGCAUUUGGAAGUUUGUACGCUAUAUUAGCUUUGAAUACGUUUGCAGUAGUUGUGGCGAUUGCUGUUUACGGCAUCAGGAAGCUAACUUCAAUGCGAAACACUCUUAGCAAAAAGGUGAAAGACAAGAAAAUGUCGUAAACGAGAGAGGUGAUCUACCGAAAUCUGUUCUUCUUCCUCCAUGUGACUUAUCUGAGCACCUGUUUGAAAACAGCAAAUGUUCUUCCCCUCUCUUGUCACACUAUCUGCGCUGACGAAAAGGACGAGAGUUGUGAAAAGUUCCUUAAAGCAGACUACAGCAUCGAGUGCACAAGCUCGGAAUUCAACCGUUCGGUACUCGUUGCAUAUUGCACUGUUGCGUACAUUGUGUUUCUACCAACUGCAUCUUUGAUAAUUCUUUGGAGGCAAAGAAGCUAUCGAAAACAAAAUCACAGGCCCAGUGUUAAACAGCAAAACAAAGAGGUUUUGACGGGGCUGCGGUUUCUCUUUGAAAACUAUACCGAACAGACCUGGUAUUGGGAACUAGUUGAGACAAUUCGUAAGGUGGUUUUGACCUCUGGAUUGAUUCUUGUGGGGAGCGAAAGCCGGGCUUAUGUGGGAAUGGCGUGUGUCAUUUCAGGUCUUUAUGGGAUGUUCUUUGCUUAUAGACGUCCUAUAAUGGACCCUUCUGAAAACAAUUUAAUGCUGUCAUCCCUUGGCGUAACGUUUGUCAACUUGGGAAUAGGGGCUGUAAGUCGGAUACCUAAAGAAGGCCUUCCAUCCUCAAUCAAUCCAUAUCUUGAUAACAUCAUGUUCAAUUUACUGGUGUUUGGUGCUAAUUCGUUAGUAAUUGGGCUUCUUUUUGGUGAGUAUCAGGCUUUAAAACCCGGCUAUUUUUUUUUUAUUUCUCGGAAAACAGGUGAAUGUUUAUAACAGUAUGUUGCAUCCCCCGUGUGUAAAUUUUUUUUCAAGACCUUGCAGCUAAACCGCAAUUACUCGUCGAUUAGGAUGAGUAUUAAACGAAAACUUAAUAAUAUACGAAAAAGUCAGAUGUAGGAGAGCUGUAUACCUGCUGAGGAGGAUAACAACCUCCGAGAUCUGCAUAAUUCUUCCUCGUUCAGUCAUUGGUUUGUCAUUCAUUUAGAACUUAAAGUACAAUGUUUUUGAAAGAUUACAAGAUCUUCACCUCUUUGUAUAACUUAAGUUUCUCAUUUUGAACUCGGAAAUUCUAGCAAUAAAAGAGUGUUUUCAGGAGUGUUUGCUGUUUUGGCUGAUUUUCUUCAAAACUAGUGAAAAUCCUCCAUCGAGAAUUUUAAUAGCUGCAAUUUAUUGAGACAGAAUUCCGCUAUUAGAGACAUAAGACGGUCAAAAUUAUAAUCUUACGUUACCGCUUUCUCAGUUAGAUCCCUACUUUUUCUUUUCUCAGUUCAGUACUUGAUAUACAUCUACCGUUAUUUCAACACAUGGCGUAAAAAUCCCCAAUGGUCGUUUUCGUGCUGUCUUGCCCUUCUUCUGCCUCUCAAUGAAUUGCAGGGUGGCGUACGGGCCUUGAAUGGGAAAAACGUCAUUCAACAACAGCUGGAAACUGGAAAAAUGGACAUGCCAACUAUGACCGAUGCGAUUAAAGACAGUGGGACUAUUAACUUCAGUCUUGAAAUAGAUGAAAAGAACCGGUAUGAAGAAAGGAAAGUCAUCAGAAUGGCAAACAAUAAGAGGGGGAAAACUACGCAAAGCGCUACCAACCUGUCUAGUGUCACCAUUCAUAAGCCGCCAUGGAAAACGUACGAUACAGAGCUUUAG